ACAAUUUGUUUUUAUUUAUAAUUUAUUUUAUUCUUUCUAUAAUAAUCUUUUAGAAAAAUUUCAGUUAUUGGAUCAUCGUAUUUUUAUUUUGUUAGUUUGCUUUUUAUCAUUUUGGUAUCUUAUAAAUAUAACCAUUAGCAAAUAACAGUCAAAUUACACUACAGUAUUAAUAAGUGCUACUUAUUAGUAAUUAUUUACUUGCAAAUCACAUAUUUUAAGCUAAAAAUAGGUUAAACUAUAAGCUAGUUUAACAAUUUUUUUUUUUUUGAAAAAGGAAAUUAUUUACGUGUUAUUUUAUUUUGGUAUUAUAUGAUUAUCAAUAUAAUUAUGAAUGAAUGAGGCCAUUGAACUCAGUGAUUGAUAGCUCCAAGCAUGCUUUAUACAACAUCUUCAUAACCCAUUGCCAGACAAUCAAAUUAGGACGUUCAGCUGAUAUUUACGCUACCAACAACAUUCUCAGUCGCUAUACAAGAUGCAGCUCUGGAGGGCUAACCUUUGCUUGCAACCUGUUCAACGAAAUGUCCCACAGAGACACCGUUACUUGGAACACAAUGAUCUCUGGGUAUGUGAACUCUGGGAGUUUGGGUUCUGCUUGGGAAUUGUAUAAAUCCAUGAAAAGCUUCGGGCUUAUGCCCGAUGCAUAUACCUUUGGAAGUAUACUUAAAGGGGUUGCUUGUGCUUGUAGACUAGAUGUUGGGCAACAAGUGCAUUCCUUGAUUGUUAAAAUGGGCUACGAAGAGCAUGUUUAUGCAGGCAGUGCUUUGUUGGACAUGUAUGCUAAGUGUGAGAGAGUUAGAGAUGCAUUUAUGGUGUUUAAGUGCAUACCGCGACGUAAUUCUGUCUCAUGGAAUGCACUGAUUGCUGGUUUUGUGCUAGAGGGUGAUCAUGAUACUGCAUUUUGGCUAUUAAGGUGUAUGGAGGAGGAGGGCGUGAGACUUGACGAUGGAACAUUUUCUCCGCUUCUUACCUUGCUUGACGAGAAGAAAUUUUAUAAGUUAACAAUGCAACUUCAUUGUAAGAUUAUAAAACAUGGUGUUCAGUUUGAUAAUACUGUGUGCAAUGCCACAAUUACUUCUUAUUCACAAUGUGGUUCAUUAGAGGAUGCAGAAAGAGUUUUUGACGGUGCUGUUGGCUCUCGAGAUUUGGUUACAUGGAAUUCCAUGUUAGCGGCUUUUCUGGCACAUGAUAGGAAAGAAACUGCAUUCAAACUGUUCCUUGACAUGCAGCAGUUUGGGUUUGAGCCAGAUAUCUAUACUUACACUACCAUCAUAAGUGCUUGUUCACAUAAAGACAAUGGAAAAUCUUUGCACGGCUUGGUGAUCAAGAGGGGGCUGGAACAAUUGGUGCCUAUAUGUAAUGCAGUGAUAGCUAUGUAUCUUGAAUCAAGUAGUAAUUCCAUGGAAGACGCAUUAAAUGUAUUUCACUCCAUGGAGUCUAAGGACCGUGUUUCCUGGAAUUCCAUUUUGACUGGAUUCUCACAGACUGGGCAUAGUGAAAAUGCCCUGAAAUUGUUUGUGCAUAUGAGAUUUGCGGUAGUGGAUAUUGAUCACUAUGCCUUCUCAGCAGUUCUUAGAUCUUGCUCAGAUUUAGCAACCCUCCAACUAGGCCAACAGAUUCAUGUCUUGACAGUUAAGUCGGGGUUUGAGUCGAAUGACUUUGUAGCCAGUUCGUUGAUUUUUAUGUACUCUAAAUGCGGGAUGAUUGAAGAUGCUCGAAAAUCUUUUGAAAAGACUGCCAAAGAUAGCUCAAUUACUUGGAAUUCUAUUAUGUUUGCAUAUGCACAGCAUGGACAGGGUGAUGUUGCACUGGGACUCUUCUUUCAAAUGAGAGAUAAGAAGGUGAAGAUGGAUCACAUAACUUUUGUUGCGGCUCUGACCGCAUGUAGCCAUAUUGGAUUAGUUGAACAGGGCCGCUACUUACUAAAAUCAAUGGCAUCUGACUAUGGGAUUUCGCCUAGGAUGGAGCAUUAUGCUUGCGCAGUUGAUCUGUUUGGGCGAGCUGGGUAUUUAGAUGAGGCAAAAGCCUUAAUUGAAUCUAUGCCAUUUGAUCCUGAUGCAAUGGUGUGGAAAACCCUAUUAGGUGCCUGUAGGGCUUGUGGUGACAUAGAAUUAGCUGCUCAGGUGGCAAGCCAUCUGCUGGAGCUAGAGCCUGAAGAGCAUUGCACUUAUGUUAUCCUAUCUAACAUGUAUGGACAUCUUAAAAGAUGGGAUGAAAAGGCCUGCAUGGCGAGGUUGAUGAGGGAGAGGAAGGUGAAGAAGGUCCCUGGUUGGAGUUGGAUAGAAGUUAAGAAUGAGGUGCAUGCUUUCAUUGCAGAUGACAGAUGCCACUCCCAUUUUGAAGAGAUAUAUCAGAUACUGGAACAAUUGAUGGAAGAAAUCAAGUGGCUGGAUUCUGUUGCUGGUUCAGAUUCUUUGCUUGAUGAUGUUGACUACUCGUACACAUACUUUAAUUACAGUUUCUAACUGUUGGUACUAACUCUUUCAAAUGAUUCUGGAGAAACAAUAGAUGCAUUGUCCUUCUGCAGAAUUCAAUCUAUUAAACAGAAAGAAAUAGAUAAUUGAUUGCUCCUCUA